CGCGCCAUCUCUCCUCUUCUCUCUCUCUCUCUAAACCAAAACCCCAACCAAACCCACCCGCAAAACCCUACCUCUCCUCCACGCGGCGGCCGUCGGCGGCGCGGGCGGCGGCGCGAUGGUCGUCUCCUUCAGGGUGUCCCGUCGCGGCCGCCGCUUCUACCCUCCGCCGCCGCCUCCGCCUCCUGCGGCCGCAGCAACCGCCGCCGAUCGCGCGGCAGCGCCACCCGAAGGCUCGCCCCUGCCGCCGCCUCUGCCCUGGGAUCCCGGCGCCGCUGCACGAUCGGAUGUAUAUGAUAGAGACGGAGUUGGUUCUGAUGAUUUAGAUCUUGAGCCGUCUUUUGCACUGAACCUGUUUCCGGAUGGAUACUCAAUUAGUGACCCAGGCAAGGGAAUGCUUCUGUUUCUGAUUGGUGAUGAUCCUCAGAAGAGGCCGUACAGCAAGGCAUCUCGAGCUUUGUUUUCUGAUAUUGAGCAUGGCUGCUUGCCUCAAGUCAUCUUGGGCGACAUGCCUUGCAAAUUUAGAAAUGGAACUAUUGUGUGUGAGGUGCGGGACUACCGGCCCUUUCUGUCUAAUGCUGGCGAUUCUUCAGGAGAUGACUUCCCAAUAGUGAAUAGAGUUUCUCUUAGAUUGGGCACUGAACGUGUUGUGAAAGAUCUAGCUUCUGUUGUUAAUGCUUCAUGGACUUAUCACGAUCAAUUGAUUGCCGAGUCCACCAUCCUCCGUGCCCUGCAACCCAGACUUAAUUUGGACCCUACACCAUGCCUUGAAAGACUUCAGAAUUCUGUUAAGAAGAUUGAUUUAGGUCUAAAUAAAGGGAGGCAGAAAAUUAAAGCUACAUCUAUUGACAAUACUUCUGCCGAUCCUCCUGAAAAUUGCAAACCCAAGGAAUUCAUCACCUGUGAAGGAGCAGUUGUAUGCAUUGAAAAUGAAGCUCCAGAAGGCUUGCCACGUGGAAUAUUGAACGGCUUAUCUAUGGACUGUCCACUCGCUCUCCAAAUUAAGAAGGCCCAAUCAGCUGCAGGAUCUGAUCCUGAUACUGCUAUUCAAUACUCUUCUACCCUUAUGAAUAGCUCUGUCUCGUGUAACAUUAAACAAAGUGCAUCCUGUACUCCUGCUCCUGACCUUUUGCUUCAGAGUAAGCAGGCGCAGAUAGCAAUUUUGCAGGUUGAUCAUGAAAACGAACAACCACAAAAGGAGACAGUUCAACUACAGAACAGAAAGGAGCAUUCAAAUCUUCCACGUGAAAUACAUGACUGCCAAAGCUGCAGGCCUUCAAACAAACAUUCAUUGUUGAGCUCUGAAAGUACCAAAUGCCACUUUCAGAAGUCAAUAAGGUCUUCAAACAACAAAGGGCUUAAUUUGGUAUCUCCAAACCAACGGCCUGUAAAGGUUAAUUUAGAUCAGACAACAGGCAGCAAGGACAUGAGAGUACAGCAACAAAAGUCCUUGUCAGCGUUCACAGCGGACUGUUCACAUCCUUCCUCAGAGACAAAUAAUUCAUGUGUUGAAAAAAUCCCCAAAGAGGUUAAUUAUUCAACAGUAAGGUUAAAAGACAGAAAUCUGCCCUCAACUGUUGGUCCAGACAAUUAUUGUGUAGAAGAGCUCAAAGACAGAACAACGCCCUCUGUAAUCUCAUGCAGUGCAAGUUCCAGAAAGGCUCCCAGUAAACCUCCUAAGGUUGUUACAGAGCCCCAACCUUCUUCAAAGAGGAAGGUCUUAGGAGUUUAUACUUAUUUGUAUCAGGAGAUCGAUUCAAAUGAGAAAAAGCAGAAAAAAGCUGAUACACAGAGCAAUACACCUUGUGAGAAUGUAAGUCCAGGAGAACCAGAUGUUACUGAUGGCAUUAGCAGUGAACUGGGUAUUUCUCCAGAUAUUGAGUCAUGUAUUGGAGACCCUUCAUAUACCAUUGAACCUGAUAUUGAAAAGAUUCUAUCUGAGGUCAUCCUGACUUCAAAGAGGCAUGGACUGAAUGAAAGGGCUGCUAAACUUGAUGGUUCAGAAAGAUCAUGGCCAUUGCCACCAUCCAAAUUCUUUCUGUCUGAGAAUACUGCAGACAUUGCAUAUACCCAGAAUGAAAUCAUGUCAAACUAUCCAACUGGGAGAACUAUGAAUACUCGGAAGAUUAGAAGGCUUAGUUUUCACCCUGUACAGUAUUUAUGUAGAGGUGUUGUUGAUGAAUGCCAUUACACACUUCGUCUCCUUGAAUCCGAAGCACCGGAUGAUCAUCAAGUAGCGGUGGAAACGAUCUAUGGGGAUGAACAUGUAUACAUUUCUACUCUUCCUACUUCUCACCAUGCAAACAAGCUUGUGGAUCAAUUCAUUUUGCUGAUGAGAAGGGAUGGCUACACACUUUGCAAUGAUAUUAGAGAGCAAUACGAAGACGCCCCUCAGCUAGGUUAUCUAACUGGAGGAUAUCCACAAUACCCCAUUGCAAGAACUAUGGUGAUUAAUGGAAGCAACAAUAUAGAUUGCACCUUCCAUAAUGGGCCGCCACAUGUACAUGCAAAUACUCAGCAACAGUGGAUGCAGGCACAACAGUGUCCAACCCUGCCAAGUGUUCAGACAAAUUUCUGGAAUCCAUAUCAUCCAGGCCAGCAGCAUUAUACCGGCGGAAUCCUCAACCAUGGGGGAUUUUAUGCAAAUAGAGCGUUCUCAAUGGAUAUGGACCAGCAUCAACAUGUCCAACAACGUCAAGGAGUUGGAUGGUUCCCAAAUGGAGUGUUCUCAAUGGAUCUAGACCAAUAUCAACCUGUUCGGCAACGUCAAGGAGUAGGACAGUGCUGGCAUUGCAGGCAUGAUAUACCAGGGUUCUUCAGUGAGAGGAGUUAUGCCACCCACGCGAGCACAGGCAGCUACAACCAGUGGCGCCAGAUAUCAACACCUCUGGGUGGCAAGGUGUACCAAUGGGAUCUGCCAGCUUUUGAUAGGCGAGUCUGCGGUUGUCCUCCAGUGAAUUAUGCUGGGAGCAGCACACCAUUGUCGACGCUGCAUCCGGUUGGAAGUCCACCGAUGAGCUCUCAAUCGUUUGGCUCCAAUGAUGGCAGCCUCACAAGCACGCCGGUUCAGCUCCAGGUGCCUCUCGGUUACCAGUGCAUGUCCCAUGGGAUGUGGUGAGGCGUGAAUGAUGGCCUCCUGAUGGUGAUGGGCAGUGUGAUUUGGCGGUGCUCUUCUCAUUCUGGUUACAUACGUAACAACACAGGCAGUACAGCAUAUACAGAUUACAGAUUACAGUAAGUACAUGGCUGGAACAUGACCAAGUUCCUUGUUUUGUUUUAUACUGUAGCUCCUCCUUAAUCGGCUCAAUGUUGUUGUCUUCUGUUAUUGUUUCUGUGCUAGAUGGCAAAUCAUCUGCAUAUAAACUUCAGUUACCUGUAAUCACUUAUAGGAGUACUUAGGAGCGAUAGAAAGGGAAUACUUAGGAGUUCCAUUGGUUCUCUCAAGAAAAGAAAAGAAAUAGAUUUCUUGUUCAUGUCCA